AUGCGAUUUCAAGACACUUUCCCUCGGUUGUCUCCUGAUUUCCUCUGGGAAAAAAUGCGUGGGCUCUUCUUUGUCCUGGUGACAUGCACAGCUGGCGCCUCCGCUUUCAGACUCCAGGAAGUCAAAAGCACAGAAAACUGCCCAGAUCACACCGUGUUUUUCAAACACUACUAUGAACUGCAUGGAGAACCUGUGGUUCUGAAAUGCCCUUCCCCCAGAUACAAACAUUUGGAUUUUUCUGCCUUGACCCCUAAUAUCACAUGGCAUAAAAAUGGUUCCAAAACCAUGAUAUCAGGAAGAGAUGAAGAUCCAAGAAUCUGGGCAAAAGGAGAUGCACUCUGGAUUUUACCAGCAAUGCUAGAAGACUCAGGAGUAUAUAUCUGCACAAGAAGGAACUCCUCCUACUGCACCGAGGUCUCCAUCCACCUCACGGUCGUGGAGAAAACAGCUGCUCAGGAGAUUGCCUACCUCCAGGUUCUCUUCACUUUCACCUCUGGAAAGAUUGUUUGCCCUGACCUCUGGGACUUUACACCAAACAGGACAAGCCUGGAGCUUAAGUGGUACAAGGAUGCUCUGCCUUUGGAAGACGACAAUGAGAAAUUUGUAAUUCUGAAAGGUUCGGCUUCUCUGAUCAUGACUUCUGUACUACCAACAGACGCCGGCUAUUACACCUGCAAGAUGUCGUUUCCAUACGCAGGCAUAACGUAUGAAAUCACCAGAACAAUUCACCUGGAGACUGUCGAACAAGAAAAGAGAAUUACCCCGAUAAUUGUGUAUCCAACGCAAAAGACAACAUCAGCUGCUCUCGGCUCCAAGAUGACUCUCCCGUGCAAGGUGUUUGUUGGACUGAGCAGCCACGUCCAUACCGACGUGGAAUGGCUAGCAAACGACACCACCGUCGAUGUGGUUUACAAGCAAAGCAGAGUUACAGAAGGAGAGCGACAAGAAAUUGUAGAAAAUGGUGAAAACUUCAUUGAAGUGCCACUGAUUUUUGAUUCUGUUGAAAAAGUGGAUUUUUACACAGACUUUACGUGCCUGGCCCAGAACAGAUACGGCUACCAAGUACUGCCAACAAGGGUCAAACAGGAAGCUGCUGGCUUGUCCUGGUACAUUGCAGUGAUUCCUGUCUCAUUGGCCUGCGUGAUCGUGAUGGGGAUGUGCGUACACAAGUGCUGGAAGCAGAGAGACGAUAAAAAAUACGCAAUAGCAAAGGUUUAA